CUUCCCCAAUCUAAAAUCCCCAAAUAUCUGAAAACCCUAAUUCCCUGUGAUUCAUCUCCGACGAAAUGGCCCGUACAAAGCAGACUGCUCGCAAAUCCACAGGCGGCAAGGCUCCCCGCAAGCAGCUGGCCACCAAGGCCGCCCGGAAGUCAGCUCCGACGACCGGCGGAGUCAAGAAGCCCCACCGCUACCGCCCCGGAACCGUCGCCCUCCGUGAAAUCCGAAAGUACCAGAAGAGCACUGAGCUCCUGAUCCGCAAGCUUCCUUUCCAGAGACUCGUUCGUGAAAUCGCUCAGGACUUCAAGACCGACCUGAGGUUUCAGAGCCACGCCGUUCUUGCUCUCCAGGAGGCGGCCGAGGCUUACUUGGUGGGUCUGUUUGAGGAUACUAAUCUGUGCGCGAUUCAUGCCAAGAGGGUUACGAUUAUGCCCAAGGAUAUUCAACUUGCGAGGAGAAUUCGCGGCGAGCGUGCUUAAAUGUAGUCAUGUGUUCUUGUUAAGUUUUUAGAUGAUGAAUUAGGGAGAGAGCAAUUUUAUACUUUUGUGUAUGAAAGUAAGCGUCUAUGAAUUUUCUAGGUUUGGCAUAGUAUAGCAGUAGUUUCUUUAGUUGGUUUCCUAUGGAACUUCCAUGGUUGCCUGUCUGAUCGUUAAUGAAAAAUAGUUUGUUUCA